AUGAGGAAAAGUGAGCCCCCACACAUUCUGGAGCUGUGUAAAAAGUUUGAGAACAAAGUCAUCAACGCCAAAUCACCACCCCCUCCACCACCACCGGGUGGACCACCACCCCCUCCCCCGCCACCGGGUGGAGCACCACCCCCUCCACCAUCACCAGGUGGUGCUGUAACUCCCUUCAAACCAAUGAAACCCCUCUACUGGAUAAGAUUAAACCAAAGUCAUUCAAACCAGACCAUCGAGCAGAAAAAGACAUUGUGGGAAAAUGUGGAGGUUGUGAAACUGGAUGAGGUGGAUCUUGUUAAUCUAUUCGCAAAAACUUCUUCAACAAAGCAAAAGAAACCUUUGAACACAACAAUAGGGCAGAAAAAGAAAAAGAAAGAAAAGUUUGGAAAAGUUUUGGAUUUAAAACGCUCGCAAGCAGUUGGAAUAUUCAUAUCCAGUCUUCACAUUGAUGUCGAUGAUAUUCAGAACGCCAUCUUAACUUUAGACACAAGCAUUGUUGACGUGGAGAUCAUGGAAGCAAUAUGGGAGAUUCGCCCACAGUUGGGUGAAAUGGAAAAGAUAGAACACUUUGUUGGAACCCAAAAGAAAGUUGAUGAAGAUCAACGACUUUCACUUGAUCGACCUGAGGAAUUUCUAUACAAACUGUGGCAAAUACCCGACCUUUCCCACCGUUUGUUUUGCAUCACCUUCAUGUCAAGGUUCGACCAAGACGUCAGCCACGUCACACAGACUAUAGCCCUCAUUAAUGACGUUUGCAAGACAUUACGUGGAGACGUCGUGAAAAAGUUGCUGAGUAUUAUUUUAAGUGUUGGCAACUAUUUGAACGGGGGUAACGUAUCACGUGGACAAGCACGUGGUUUCGAUCUCGAAAUUCUCGGAAAGUUAAAAGACGUCAAGUCUAACGUUGGUGGGGUGACGUUACUUUCCUAUAUUGUCUCGUUGUAUAUUCGACAUUUUAAACAAGACAACGACUUAGAAACAUGGAAGGCUCCAGUGCCCGACACUUUAUCAUUGAUGAGGGCUUCCCAAGUUAAAUACGAAGACAUUUGUGGCGAAAUAACCAAACUAAAGACAAAACUUAACGAUUGCCGGCUCCGUGUAAAAAAGGUGGUUGAAAACGAGGACAACAAAUAUGUGGAACCAUUUCGCGAAAAAAUGACGGAUUUUGUUGACUCAGCGUACGCCUUGAUAACGAACAAAGAAAAAGAAAUCUCGGAUUCGAAAAUCAGUUUCGAAUCCAUGCUGCAUUACUUCAACUGUGGUUGCGGGAAAAGCAAAAUCAAACAACCGAAAGAUUUCUUCGACAUGUGGAUUCCAUUCUCGGUUUACUUCAGCGAGGUUUGGCCGGUACAAAUACGAGCUGAAGUGAAAAAACAAAAAAGCGAAGCCGCCACAAAAGUUGACGAACUACGUUCAGUACAGGUCGUACGAACAAGAACCCGCAAGCGAUGCUUGAAAAAACGCCUCGCUGGUCAACUGCCAGAUCAGUGAUGCUAGAACUGAAAGAAUCAUUUUGUUCAUUUAUAAAACAAUGAAAUAUUAUUUUACUUGUGCGGGUGCGUUAACAUGUGUUUCCUACUCUGGGUCACGACUUUUACUGUUUUUCUUUUUAUUUGUAUUUUUAAAUUGCAUUGCCAUACACACGGGACACCUUGCAGUAUUUAAGUAUAUUAUAAAAUAAAUAUAUACGCGUUAAAA